CGCAGGGUGUGGAGCCCGUCGCUGGUCGCGGGCUGCGCGUGUGCCGCAGCCGCCGCCCAGCUUCCGUCAUGGACCUGUUCGGGGACCUGCCGGAGCCCGAGCGCUCGCCGCGGCCGGCUGCUGGCUCUGGGGGACCUUUGCUUUUUGACGAUCUCCCGCCAGCCAGCAGUGGCGACCCAGGCUCUCUUGACACUUCGAUAUCCCAGGAGGUAAAGAAUGAAGGGAAAGGAGCAAAGAGAAAAGCCUCUGAUGAAGAGAAGAAUGGCAGUGAAGAGCUUGUGGAAAAGAAAGUUUGUAAAGCCUCUUCGGUGAUCUUCGGCCUGAAAGGCUACGUGGCUGAGCGGAAGGGCGAGCGGGAGGAGAUGCAAGACGCCCAUGUCAUCCUGAAUGACAUCACCGCGGAGUGCCAACCCCCCUCCACUCUCAUCACCCGGGUUUCAUACUUUGCUGUUUUUGAUGGACAUGGAGGAAUUCGAGCCUCAAAAUUCGCUGCACAGAAUCUGCAUCAGAACUUAAUCAGGAAAUUUCCUAAAGGAGAUGGGAUCAGCGUAGAGAAGACCGUGAAAAGGUGCCUUCUGGACACCUUCAAGCACACCGAUGAGGAGUUCCUUAGGCAAGCCUCGAGCCAGAAACCUGCCUGGAAAGAUGGCUCCACCGCCACGUGUGUCCUGGCCGUAGACAACACUCUCUACAUCGCCAACCUCGGGGACAGUCGGGCAAUCCUUUGUCGUUACAACGAGGAGAGUCAAAAACAUGCGGCCUUAAGCCUCAGCAAGGAGCAUAAUCCAACCCAGUAUGAAGAGCGAAUGAGAAUACAGAAGGCCGGAGGGAACGUCAGGGACGGACGUGUCCUGGGUGUGCUGGAGGUGUCCCGCUCCAUCGGGGACGGGCAGUACAAGCGCUGCGGGGUCACUUCGGUGCCAGACAUCAGACGCUGUCAGCUGACCCCCAACGACAGGUUUAUUUUGCUGGCCUGUGAUGGCCUCUUCAAGGUCUUUACCCCAGAAGAAGCCGUGAACUUCAUCUUGUCCUGCCUGGAGGACGAGAAGAUCCAAAGGCGGGAAGGGAAGCUCACCGUGGACGCCCGCUACGAAGCCGCCUGCAACAGGCUGGCCAACAAGGCGGUGCAGCGGGGCUCAGCGGACAACGUCACCGUGAUGGUGGUGCGGAUAGGGCUCUGAGCGGGCGCGGCCUUGACUCCGAGGUUCGUUUUUUGUGUUGUGCACAUUAUGUGUUUCGUGUACUCCUGUGGGAUGCCCAUGGCUGUAAAUAAAGGUGUUUUUUCUAGA